CUUUUUUAUAUUAGUUUAAGAGUUUUCUUUUUUCUACAAAGUUGUAUCCCUAUAUAAGGGUUUCAUAUGAUUUAAAGAAUUGAUAAAGAGAGGGGAUGGAGGAAAAGAAGAGCAAAGUGAUACUACAUGGGAUGUGGGCAAGCACAUACUCCAAGAGGGUCGAGAUCGCCCUUAAACUCAAGGGUAUAUCCUACGAGUACGUUGAAGAAGAUCUAAAGAACAAGACAGAGUCUCUGAUUCAACUCAACCCUGUUCUCAAGAAGAUUCCUCUUCUUGUCCAUGAUGGUAAGCCAGUGGCUGAUACACAAGUGAUUCUUGACUACAUCGAUGAAACGUGGAAGAACUCUCCUCGUUUCUACCCGGAGGAUCCUUAUGAAAGGGCCCAGGUUCGGUUCUGGGUCAGCUACAUAAACCAGCAGGUGUUUGAGGUCAUGGGUCGAGUGAUGCUGCAAGAGGGUGAAGCUCAAGCAAAGUCUGUGGAAGAGGCUAGAGAGAGAUUCAGAGUUCUUGAAGAGGGACUCAAGAAACACUUCCCCAAUAAAACCAUCAGAGGGAAUGAUGAUGUAGGGCUUUUGGACAUCAUUAUCAUCGCUAGUUUUGGAGUCUACAAAGCUGUUCAUGAAGCAAUAGGUGUAGAGAUAAUCGAUCCAGUGAACACUCCAACUUUAUACAACUGGAUAGAGCAGCUGCAACAGCUGCCUGUGAUCAAAGAAGUCGAAGUGCCACAUGAUAGGUUGGUGACCUUUCUCCAGAAGUGUAGACAAGAGCAUCUCCAGCAGGCUGCAAACGCCUAA